CUUACUAAUCAUAUUGUCUUUAUUUUUCUGAUAUGUUAUACAGUUAUAAAAUAUGAAAAUAAAUCUAUAACAACAACAUCAUCCUGAUCCAGUUCGAGAAACUCCUUAUUUAAUGAUAUCUUGUCUUGUCUCUCGGAUCAUUCUUCAGUACCCUUACCCUUAAUAGCACGCACUCUCUGUUCUCAUCUCCUCUUUGUUGUAGAAGAAGAACACACCCGUUUCUAAUCAUUAUUAGACUUGAUCUCAACGAUGAAGGCAACACUGCUUCGUCCUUGUUCUGGUCCUCUGAUUCUCGACACACAUAGCAACCGAACCUCGUCAACGAUGAGACACGCUUCCACCGUUGUUUGUUGCUCAUCGAAGAACCAACCCUACAUCCCGAAGCUCGAGCCUUUUAGCCGAACCAAGUUUGAAAGGGCCGUUAAAGACCCUCCUUUAAUCGAAAAAUCUGAGAAAGAGAUCUUAGAUUAUUGUUCAACGCUUGAAGGAGACCAAUCAUAUAGCUGCUGGCAGGCUUAUUUUGAGCUGAAAGAUCUUGAAAAAGAGUCCCCAAGAGCAGACAUAGAGAGGCUGAUUCUGGAGACUGGUGGUGUAAAAUCCCUAAUAGGAUGCUUGCAUGGGAUUUCAAUCAUGCACAAAGUAAAGAAGGGUGACAUGAAUCUGAGCAAGGAUGUGAAAUCAGAAGAAGGUGAGAGAAUGUGUCCCAUACCUGAUGGAUUGCCAAAAUCUGCUGAUGAACUUAGGGAAGAGGAGCAAGCAAGAAUGCCUGAUUCACCAUACACUAAGCUUCUUAGGACCAUGGGCAGGCACCCUGCAUGGUACUCUCCUGCCCCUGACCAUGAAACAGAUUGAUGAAUGAUGAUUCCCAUACAUACUAAGCUCAAAGGGAAUGAAUAUAUUCUCUUUGAGGGAACAAGUAAUAACAUAGUGGAGUAGCUAUAAUACCCCCAUGUGAAUGGAAUGAGUGUAUAUUUUGGGCUUUUUCUACAAAUGUAACUAGUAAUUACUUUGCAUAACUCCUAAUGUUAUAUAUGUUUCAGGGAGUGAUAAGUUAAAUUGGGGGACAAUAUACUUUCAUCAAUGUGAAUGAAUUGUUUCACAACUUAUACUGGUAUAUAUCUUUUUGUUAUAGAACUCA